CUUUUGACAUUUCGAUCAUAUGUUCAUAUGAUUUUAAAACGGUUGUACAAUUGUUGUUUUCUUUUUAUUAAAACAAAAAAAAAGUGUUAUUUACCAACUACAAAACUGUAAAAAGUGUAUUUAAAGAAUAUUUAUCAACGUGACUAAAUAACAAUGGGAUCAGAUCAUACAAGUAGACGAUGGAGUCAUUUGCAAAAAGUUUUAGAGCGAUCUGGACCAUUUUGCCGGCCUGAUUUUGAGCCUUCUUCAGAAACUCUUCCUUUUUUAAUGGAAAGUUGUAAAGUAUUGAUUGUUGGAGCUGGAGGACUUGGUUGUGAAUUAUUAAAAAAUUUAGCUUUAAUGGGCUUUCGACAAAUUCAUGUCAUUGAUAUGGAUACAAUAGAUCUUUCUAACCUCAACAGGCAAUUUUUAUUUCGUCACAAAGAUUUGGGCUCGUCAAAGGCCGAGAUUGCCGCACGUUUUGUAAAUGAACGUGUUAACGGUUGCAAUAUUGUACCACAUUUUUGUAAAAUCCAGGACAAAGACGAUUCAUUUUAUCGGCAGUUUCACAUUGUUGUUUGUGGUUUAGAUUCAAUUGUUGCGAGACGUUGGAUUAAUGGCAUGUUAAUUUCACUAUUAGUUUACAAUGAAGGUGAACUCGAUCAAAGUAGCGUUAUUCCUUUGGUCGAUGGUGGCACCGAGGGUUUUAAAGGAAAUGCUCGUGUGAUAUUGCCAGGAAUUACCGCAUGCAUUGAAUGUACUUUGGAUCUUUAUCCACCUCAAGUCACAUAUCCAUUGUGUACAAUUGCAAAUACUCCACGAUUGCCGGAACAUUGUAUAGAAUAUGUCAAAGUUGUUUUAUGGUCAAAGGAAAAUCCCUUUGAGUGCGUCAUUGACGGUGAUGAUCCACAGCAUAUAAAUUGGAUUUAUGAAAAAUCAACUGAGAGAGCAACUCAAUUUGGUAUUCGUGGAUUAACAUAUAGACUCGUUCAGGGAGUUGUUAAAAAUAUUAUUCCUGCAGUUGCUUCGACAAAUGCAUCAAUUGCCGCGACUUGCGCCACUGAAGUUUUUAAACUUGCCACUAGUUGCAGUGCUUCUAUAAAUAAUUAUAUUGUUUUGAAUAAUAUCGACGGAAUUUAUACAUACACAUAUGAGGCGGAGAGAAAAAAUGAUUGUGUCGCCUGCAGUCAAAUACCACGUGAAAUCGAAGUAAAAACACCAAAAACAAAAUUAAAAGAAUUAAUUGAAAUUCUAUGCGAACGUGCCGAUUUACAAAUGAAAAAUCCCGGCAUAAUGGCAAUGAUUAAUGGAAAAAAUAAAACUCUCUAUAUGCAAACAGUUGCAAGUAUCGAGGAGAAGACACGAGAAAAUUUAUCAAAAACCCUAAAUGAAUUGGGUUUAAAUGAAGGCGAUGAAAUAUAUGUAGCCGAUGUUACAACUCCCAAUACAGUUGUUUUUAAAUUAAAAUUUUUCACCACCGACAUUGAAAUGACCUAGCGAUUAAUAAUUUAUCAUUAAGAUUUUGUAAAAAAAAAGAAAAAGAAUUACAAUUAAGUUUUAAGAUUAAAAUUUACAUUAAUGAUGAUAAUAAUAGUAUUUAAAUAUAAUGGUAAAAUUAAUAAUUUAAAUAUUAAUAACCUAAUAUUGUGUAAAAAGUAAUUUAAAAAAAAAAUUAAAUAAAAUUAAUAUUUAAA